AGAUAUGACGAUAAAAAGUCUAAAAUUUGGCACUAAUGGUCCUUAUAGUUAUUCUUUAGUCGAUCGUACCGCUACUACCGGCUGGGACCGAAAUACUUUCGACAAAACAUUUGGAAAAAUGGCUUCAAGACAUCCAAGAACUUCACUUCCUGUUUCCUCUUCAGUACCAUCCCUUACUAAUACUACAAGAACAAAAUACAUUAUUGGGGUAUGUGCCAUGGACAAUAAAGCACGCUCUAAACCUAUGAGAAACAUUCUAAAUCGGCUUCUGAAAUUUGGUGAAUUCGAAACUGUAAUAUUUGGAGAUAAUGUUAUACUUGAUGAAAGUGUUGAAAAUUGGCCAGUUUGUGAUUUUUUCAUCUCUUUCUUCUCAAAUGGUUUUCCUUUAGAUAAAGCCAUAGAGUACGUAAAAUUGCGUAAGCCAUUUUGUGUCAAUGAUCUGCCAAUGCAGAAACUUUUGUGGGAUCGACGACUUGUCUUGAAAUUGUUAGAUAUUUUGGGUGUACCUACACCAAAACGUCUAAUUUCUAACAGAGAUGGUGGUUCCAAAAUUGAUUUAGAUUUAAAAUCCCAAAUUUUUAAGAAUGUCGGUAUUCAUCUUAAAGAAGAAUAUUGCCCAAAUGCUAUAGUUGAAAUGCCUAAUAUUGAUACUAUUCGUGUAAACGGUAAAACAAUGCGAAAGCCUUUUGUUGAAAAGCCUGUCAAUGGUGAAGAUCAUAAUAUAAACAUAUAUUAUUCUUCCGAAAUGGGAGGGGGUGGUCGUCGAUUGUUCCGCAAGACACGCACUGAUGGGUCUUACAUUUAUGAAGAAUUCAUGGAUGUUGACAACGCGGAAGAUGUUAAAGUAUAUACCAUUGGACCUACAUAUGCACACGCAGAAACACGUAAAUCACCGGUGGUUGAUGGGCUUGUGAGGCGGAACACUGACGGCAAAGAGGUUCGUUACGUUACUACAUUAACGAAUGAAGAAAAAAAAAUAGCAAGCGAUAUAUCGUUUGCAUUUGGUCAAACAGUAUGUGGGUUUGACUUGCUUAGAGUUCAUGGACGAUCAUAUGUCAUCGAUGUAAAUGGUUGGUCAUUUGUAAAAGGAAAUGACGAAUAUUAUAGUAAUUGUGCUCGCAUUUUACGAGCAAUGUUUUUAAAUGCUGUUCGAAAACGGAAGAUCAGCAUUGAUUCAAUACCAAACGAACUUCGACUUGAAAAUUCUUGGCGUCUUAAAUCUUUUAUAGCUGUAUUUCGUCAUGCUGACCGUACGCCAAAACAAAAAAUGAAAUUCUCUUUUCGAGGCAAGCCUUUCAUUGAUUUACUUAAUGGAUCUAUUGAAGAAGUCAUGUUACGCCAAGAGGAGCUCAAGAAAGUGUCAGAUGCUGCAAUAGCUGCUACUAAAUUACAAUGUGAUGAUAUAAAUAAAUUAGAACAGCUUAAAUUAAUACUACAAAUGAAAAGAGAUUUGCCUGGAACUAAAGUACAAAUUAAACCUUCUUAUAACAAAGAUAAUAAGCUAAUUGAAAAGCUUCAGCUUAUUGUAAAGUGGGGUGGUGAAUUUACUCAUUCUGCUCUUUAUCAAUCACGAGAUCUUGGAGAAAAUCUGCGAAAAGACUUGUUAAUUAUGAACAAAAACGUCUUGGACGAUAUAAAAUUGUAUACAAGCUCGGAAAGACGUGUUGUCGCAACUGCUGAAAUAUUUGCUAGGACUUUCCUGGAUGUAAAUGAUAUUCCUGAAAAUCUUAUUGAAACUCGAAAGGAAAUGCUGGAUGACAGUAAUUCAGCUAGGGAACAAAUGGACGAUGUGAAAAAUAGACUGAGAACCCUUUUAAAACCUGGUGAAUCUUUGAAUGUGGAUUGGGCAUGGCCAAAAGAUCAACCUGAACCAUGUAUUGUGGUCCAAGAAGUUAUUGAAAUUAUGAAGCAUCUUCGCAAAUUAAUGCAUGAAAAUUUUGAACACAUGGAUUAUGAUAAUAUUCAAUCUCGAUGGUGCUGUUCUGAAAACCCACUACUUUUUAAAGAACGGUGGGAGAAAUUAUUUAAAGAUUUUUGCGAUGUGGAUCGUCACAUGUUUGAUCCAAGUAAAAUAUCUGAACUCUAUGAUUCUCUCAAGUACGAUGCAUUGCAUAAUCGACAAUUUUUAGAGUCCAUUUUUAUUGAUCAAAAUGGCAAUAAGAGUACAGUUGAAAUAAAAAAACUAUAUCAACGAGCAAAAAUCUUGUUUGAUUUUGUCGCGCCUCAAGAAUAUGGUAUUGAAAAUAAAGAUAAACUCUUAAUUGGAAUUUUACUCUCAGAUUUGUUGUUAAAGAGUAUCAUAGAAAAUUUAGAGGAGUCAAAAUCAAGUUUAAAGCCAAGUACAAGAUUAUAUUUUACAAAAG